GGGUUGAGGUUAUGUUUUGGAAUGAAAUUUUCCAAUUUUGUCUAUAUUUUAAAGUAAAUAUAAUUUUUUUGCUGUAAAAACGUCCAUUCUAUGAUUUGGACCACUGUAAGAAGCUCUUGGAAUUGCAUUCUACCUUCUGAUAUUCCAAUAAAAUCAAGAUAACUUACCAAAUACAAGAAUGGCUACAAAGUAUGUUAAAUAUGCCCAACUCAUUGACCUACCAACUCCGUACGCCCAGCGGAUGAAGCGGCUCUCGAACCGAAUCUUCGGCGAAGUCGCUAUCCCUACAAACUCCAAGUCUAUGAAAGUGGUGAAAAUAUUUUCUGCGCGACCCCUGCACACCAACGAGGAGAUCAUACACUACUACCCGCGACACAUCGAGACGCACGCGCUGAUGCUGAAGCUGAGAGAGUACGGCCUGUUCCGAGACGAGCACCAAGACUUCAAGGAAGAAAUGAAGAGGCUCCGAGAGCUUCGCGGUAAAGUUAAAGUGUGGAAGAGAUAUUUCAACAAGGACAAGCAGGAUUGAUCAUAACAAUUUAAAUUAUAUGAAGUAGUUAUUUAUUGUAAUAGAUUUGAUUUAGGUUCUGUAAAUAAAUUAGUGAAAAUCU